AUGUCUUCGAUAGCAACUUCGGACCCCACACAUUAUGAUAAGUCGACACUGGCAACAACAACGAAGAAGUCCGUAACUGCAAAAUCACCCGAUGCAACGGCACAUCUAUUGGCUGGGGCAUCUGCUGGACUAAUUUCAGCAAUCACACUUCAACCGUUCGAUUUAUUGAAAACCAGAUUGCAGCAACAACAGUUCACAAACAAACAUGAAGUAAGAACAUCGCUCGUCAAGGAGUUGAAAAAAUUGACGAAAAUAAAGGACUUGUGGCGGGGCACACUACCAUCAGCACUUCGAACUUCAAUUGGUGCUGGUCUAUACUUUACCACAUUAUCCAAAAUGAGGUCAGCUUGGGCCAUGUACAAGGAAAAACGUAAUGGGAAAAUUGACAUAAAAUCGGAAUCCUCAAUAUUACCCAAAUUAACACCAAUGGAGAAUUUAACCACUGGCUUUGUCGCAAGAGCAAUUGUUGGGUACAUAACAAUGCCUAUAACCGUUUUAAAGACACGAUUCGAGAGUAAUUUGUACAAUUACAAUUCAAUGUACGAAGGAAUCCUGGGGGUAUACUUAGAUAAAACAAGUUUGCAACCAGAUGGACAACCGAAAAUUCCACCACUGCAAGGUUCAAUCAAGAAUUUCUUUCGAGGCUCCACUGCCACUUUGAUAAGAGAUUGUCCAUAUGCUGGAUUGUACGUGCUAACUUACGAACUGUUUAAAAAUGAUUUGCUACCAACGUUGAUACCAAGACAUCUUGGAGGUGAAUAUCAUGCUGGAUUAAUCAACUCAACUGCUGCAGUUUUGGCAGCCACGACAUGCACAACAAUUACUGCUCCAUUUGAUGCCAUCAAAACAAGACUACAAUUGACUGAUGGAGGAUCAAUACGGAAAACUGUUGUGAAACUAUUGCAUGAAGAUGGUGGAGUAAAAAACUUGUUUAGAGGAUUGAGUUUGAGAUUGGGUAGAAAAGGUGUUAGUGCUGGAAUAAGUUGGUUCAUUUAUGAAGAAUUGAUUAAAAGCAACUUUGUCAAGAAGCAUUUUGCAUAG